AGUUGUUAUAGUGUAAAAACCACAUAACACAACAAGCAAAACAGAGAUGAGCCAAGAACAACCACAUAGGCCACAAGAGCCAGUCAAAUAUGGAGACGUUUUCGAAGUCUCCGGCAAACUCGCCGACAAGCCUGUAGCACCUGAGGAUGCAAAGAUGAUGCAAGCUGCGGAGACACAUGUGUUCGGCCAUACUAAGAAAGGUGGUGCAGCUGCCAUCAUGCAAUCUGCAGCCACGUCCAACAUACGCGGUGGCUUCGUUCAUCCAGGUGACAAAACUGACCUUGCCGCUGAACGUGGCGUCACGGUGGAGCAAACAGUCCCCCCUUCAACUGUCACAACCGAAUCCGUCGGUGGACAGGUCGUUGGACAACAUGUUGAACCGAGGCGCGUAGUAGCUGCAGCACGGACGGACGAACCAGCUUUACAAAGUAAAAUAACAAUCGGAGAAGCAUUGGAAGCGGCUCUGAAGACCGCUGGAAACAAACCGGUGGAUCAGAGCGACGCAGCAGCGAUUCAAGCGGCGGAGAUGAGAGCUUCGGGCACCAACGUCAUUGCUCUUGCUGGAAUCGCGGCAACAGCUCAAUCCGCAGCGGAUCACAACGCUACUGUAGAUCGUGACGAGAGAAAAAUCAAGCUCGUUGAUGUUUUGACGGGUGCUGCGGAGAAGUUACCGUCAGAUAGAGCUGUGACGAGGCAGGAUGCGGAAGGAGUGGUGAGCGCCGAGAUGAGGAACAACCCUAAAUUGUGUACUCACUCUGGUGGUGUAGCGGCUUCGCUUACCGCCGCUGCUAGGGUUAACGAGAGAGUCGAUAUAUGAGAAGACAAAUCCGGCGAGAGAGAGUAUGACAACUUAAAAAACCUUAGCUUGUGAUGUAUUGUAAAAUCGUCUUAGCUUUUGGUCGUCUUGUUACAAAGACUUUAGUGUAGCUUUCGUUUGUUUCUUUCUAAAGACUCUCACAACUUAAGAAGCCUUGUGAUUAGGUGAAAUAUUCGUUUAGUUUUUGACAGAAGUGGUGACUUCGGUUUAAAGUUUGAAUGUUCUUUAGCCGAUAUGUGAAAAUCCGGCAAGGGGAGGAGCUUGUGAUAUAAAUCGCCUAGCUUUUGUUA